CCCCACCGCCACCCUGCUCCCAGCCUGGCACCAGCUUGGGCUGGUUGGUAUUUCUAUUCUGAGUGGCCCAGGACCUGCUGCUGCUCGGGGGGUGCCUUGUUAGGGCGUGAAAUACAAGCGGUGAGCGGUGACGUCCCCCAGCCUGGCACAGAGGGGACCCCUGGGCGGCCAGCAGAGCCAUGCACACCGUGCAGGGGCUGCUCCUUGCAGGGGCUGCAGGGAAGCAACCAUGCAGGGAUUAGGCAGCAAGGAGCCAGGGACGCCGUUUGUUAGAGGAGACACUGAUUCAGCUGGAAACCCCACGUGGGCUGUCAGGCGAUGCCCCCACCACAAGCCAUUUAAGCCAGCGAUGGAAGCGUGAGGCUGCCCAGCCCGGGUGCAGCCGGGUGGGUAAUGCAGUGCCGUGCCGUGCCACCCAGCGUGGCAGGCAGCCCUGCGGCACUCCAUGUCCCAGCGGCCACCAGCCUGGGCCGACCCACCGGGAUUAAGGAGGCUGCAAGGAGUGCCGAAGAGAGGCCACCCCUCCACACGGAGCUGCCGAGCAUGUUCCACCUCUUCUCCCACUGCUGGUCGUGGCUGCAGACUGUACAGGAGCCUGUCAGGAAGGUGACCCUCCUCGUCGUGGGGCUGGACAACGCGGGAAAAACCUCCGUCAUUACGGACAUCGAGAGAGCGCUGGCCGGCGAGGUGCUGCCCGCCGUGCAGCCCGGCCAGACCUGCCUGCGGGUGGGCAGGUUCGAGGUGACACUGGUGGACCUGCCCGGCGGCCAGCGCUCCCGCAGCGCCUGGCGCAACCACUACAGCGCGGCCCACGGGCUCCUCUUCGUCCUGGACUCCAGUGACCUGGCGCGGAUAGAGGAGGCCCGCAAGGUCCUGAGCCGCGUCCUGAGCCAUCCCGAUGUCUCUGGGAAGCCCCUCUUACUGCUGGCCAACAAACAAGACUCGGCGACCGCCCUGCUGCCCUGCGAGCUGAUCGAGCGCCUGUCCCUGGAGCGGCUGGUCAACGAGAACCGCUCGCCCUGCCGCAUCGAGCCCUGCGCUGCCAACCGGGCCCCCCCCGCCGGCCCGGGCCGUGCCACCCUGCAGGGGCUGCGCUGGCUCCUCCGCACCGUCCCCGCCGCCCCGGUACCGCCGCCCGCCCCCGCUCCGAGGGCAGCCCGCGGCCGCCCGCCCGCCCGCAGGGACCCGCCGCCCGCCGGGGAGGAUGCCCGAGACGGUACGGGGAAGACGGGGGAAUACCGGCCGCUGCGGCCCGGCCGCCGCCUUCUCCCCGUGGAGGAGAGCGCUAAGGCCCCCGGGAGGAGGAAGAGGAAGGGGAAGGUGAGGAAGAAGGGCUCGGGGCAGCCAAGUCCAGCCGAGGAGCCGGAGGGACCAGGAGGAGGGGGUGACAGCCGAGCGGGGGCUGCGGGGGGGCUGCUGCCCCCCAACAGGGUCGUGCAGCGGGAGCCCGCGCCCACCGGGAUGGCCACCCCCCACCCAGUGCAGGGCACGAAAAAGAAAAAGAAGAAGAAAAUCAAGAAUAAAAUCAAGUCGCAGGAACCUGCUGUGGAGCCGCAGUGUGAGGAGGUCUCAAGCACCUUUGACUUGUACCGGCGGGCGAUGCUGGCUCUGAAGGUGAGGCAGGAGCAGAGAAAGCAGCAGUCCGCCAUCGUCCCCUGAGCAGGAAGGCAUGUCCCAGGGGAUAUGUGUGGUCCCAGGGGACCCCAGACUGCAGUGGCAGUGGGACCGACGCUCAUGCAGGGCUUCUGAGGUGCUUGGCCAGGGCUGCCAGUCCUGGGCAAUGGGUCCUGGGGCAUGAACAGCAUCGUUGUGCUCUGCAUGGCUUGAAAAGCAGGGAUCCGCAGGAGCGAGCCAAAAGUCCCUUUGUAAGACGCCUCUCUGGCAGCCGGGCUGCAAACCCGUCUGAAAAGCAAAUAGCCAGCCACUUGCCGACCCCGUGUUAGUAUUCUGUGGAAGAUUCAGUCUGAACCUGACCGAGUCUGUGGAAGAGAGGAAGAUCGGAGCAAACAUCCCAGGGGAAAAGCCUGUCUCUUGAAUUGGCCUAUGCCCAGGCAAAGCUGUCUUCGUAGGUCAGGGGCUGACUCGGCCCCUCAUUCAGUCCCUGGCUGCUGCCUGGACCAGUCUCAUCUCCUGCUGGUGAAGGUGGGAGGGCAGUCACGGAUGGUCUGCAGAAGAGCUUCCCCUGGCCCCCAGCCCCACCUGGCAGGGCUGUCGGGAACCCCCUCGCACGGUGGAGGAGGGUGAUGCCCAUGUUGUCUGUGCAUCCUUGCAGCCUGUCAGCGAAGGCUUAGUUCAAUGGCAGCAGGUGGUGGAGGCUGCUGGAGGUUCCUUCCCCAGGGUCGUUCCUCCUGAUCAUGCCAUCCUCCCAGGAGAGACAGUGGUGACCUGCAGGUGAUGCAAAAUCCUCCCGUGUCACUGACAGCCUGGCACCCUGCAGCCCCAGGUGGUCCCUGAUCUGUGCUCAGCUCAGCCCUGAGAAGGGAGAACGAGCAGCAUGCGCAUCCCAACACAACCUGUCUGCAAUGCACACCAUGUCUGGCAGAGCCAGGCUGUCGCAGGGACUGGGAUGUGCUGGAAGGCUCGUGCUGCCCGGCUCCAUCUGGGUGCCUGUGCAGGGAAACCAGCCGUCAGCCCUGGAAACACUUUACAUGAAGUCAGGAGUGCAGCAGUUUUCCCCUCACGGCUGCAACAGCAUUAGGACUUGAACGGUGUUCAGCAGCAGAACGUGAGUCACCUCUGCUCCCAUGAUUACUGAUUAACAGGCAAUGUCUUUGUGGUCCGGGGGAAGAAAAAUUACUAAAACCCUUCCCUCGGCAGAGCUGAAAAGGGAAAAGAAGAGAAACUCUGGCUACUCUGCCUUGCCAGUCUGCUGUACAGUUCUGUCUAACUCUGCCAGAUUCAACUGUCAGUGACUAUAGGGAUUAAUUGUAAAUAAAUUGUAAAUAACAAGAGCACAAAUUAAUACUGGCCUGUAAACACAGCACUUCUAGUAAACGUUCGUUUCU